AUGAAUGGUUUCAAAAUAACUGGAAUAUGGCCGGUUGACCGCACUGUAUUUUCUGAGACAGAUUUUAUCGCUGCUAAUGCCUUGCUUGAAAAUGAUUCAGAAAAAGCAAGUGAGAACUCAGAGGCAGAAAAUCUACGUGAAACGACUCCUGAACCUAAAGAUGAUGCUACUGAGCCACCAGUUCACAGUGAUAGUACUGAUUAA